CUUUCGUUUUCGUUUCCCGGAAGGAUAGCGCCUACCCCAGCGCCUCGCGCGCCUGCUCGCGGGGCCCAGGGUUCACGCCCCGGCGCUUCUCGCCAGAUUUCGCCCCAGGCGACCUUUCAGUUCUCAGCGCCCAGCGAGGGGCCUCGGGGAGAGGGGCAAGGAGCACCGCCCAGUGCCCAGCAGCGCCAGCCGGGAGCGCUCGCGACAGAAAGCCGGUGGCCCCUCACCUCCACCUGGGAUGCAGGAAGGAACACUGGCCUAUUCUCCUGUAGGUCCUGCAGCGGCCACACACCCCUUAGGCACCCAGGUCCAAGCUAGAUGUGAAGCUCAAGUGCAACUUCUGGGUGAGACUGGAAUCUGCAAGCUUCCAGGAAGACUCCGCCUCCAGCCGGCGCUGUGGAGCAGGGAGGACGUGCUGCACUGGCUGCGCUGGGCCGAGCAGGAGUACUCGCUCCCGCGCACCCCGGAGCGCGGCUUCCAGCUGAACGGCCGCGCGCUCUGCAUCCUCACCAAGGACGACUUCCGCCGCCGCGCUCCGGGUUCAGGUGACGUCCUGUAUGAGCUGCUCCAGUUCAUCAAGACCCAGCGGCGAGCCCUGGUGUGCAGGCCGUUCCUCCCGGGGACCUGCCGGCAGAGGACGCGCCCCGGGCUGCCCCAGGCCCCGGAAGAGGGGAUCGGGCCCUCUCAGGCAGCCCCCCAACCCACCGCCAAGUGCCUUCUGUCACAGCCACCAGCCCUGGGGCUUGCCAGCUCCUUCAGCCACCUGGGUUCUCUCAGUCCAGCCAGGCAGCCCCUCAGAUUAUCUCAUUGUGCAGAGCCCGGCUGCAGGACCAGGGGGGUCUGCUCCUUCCCCAGGAUGCCACGGGCCCCCAUUGAUGGCAGGAUCGCAGACUGCCACCUGCUGUGGGACUACGUGUACCAGCUGCUCCGGGACGCCAGGUACGAGCCCUACGUCAGGUGGGAGGACAAGGACGCCAAGGUCUUCCGAGUCGUGGAUCCGAACGGGCUCGCCAGACUCUGGGGGAACCAAAAGAACCGGGUGAACAUGACCUAUGAGAAGAUGUCCCGUGCCCUGCGCCACUACUACAAACUGAACAUCAUCAGGAAGGAGCCGGGGCAGAAGCUGCUGUUCAGGUUCCUGAAGACUCCAGAGGAGAAAGAGCACAAGAGCAGCCACCUGGAGCAGCUGGAGAGCCAGGAGCAGGGCGGGAUGGACUUCAAGGACAAGAUGCUUGUGGUCCCUCUGUGAGGGGCCAGCAGGCUCCAGCACGGAUGGGGCGGAGACCAAGCCUCCCCUCGAGGCAGCCCCCUGGCUCCUUGCAGGGCAGCGGGGAUUCCCAGACAGAUUGUGUGAUCCUGGAAUCGUAGCUGUCGUCUGGAACCCCAAGCUGCCUGGGACCUGGGGUGGCUGAGAGCUGGGAGGCCUCACACCCAGGACACUGGGAGAGGCUGGUCAACCUUUGUGUAAUGCAAACAGAGUGGACUGUCUUGCUGUCCUAUCCUGGGUACCUGCCCAGCCCAGGAGAGGUGGCCAGGCUCUGGCCCCGCCCAAGAGAGGACUGGAGGUCCCUCACAGAGGCUCAGUUUUCCUCAUCUGCAAAAGGGGUGCACUUAUAAAAACCCACCCUUGGGGAUGACGUAUGAAAUGGGAAAAGGGUCAGUUCUUUGGCGGCUUUAGCAAAUGACCGUGCUGGUAGCUGGUGCUUUUUAAGAGCUUCCUGUGUGCUGGCCUCAUGCUGAGGACCUCA